AUGUGCACCGCCGAACUCAUCAAGUCGCGAACCUGCCACCACAAAUGGGUCACCAUAGUCAAGGAAUGCAACAAGGGCGCCGGCUUCGAGGCCGGGCAUCUUCAUCGCUUCGAGCCGGCGAGGCCAGGAUUGUUUCGAUCAAGAUAUAUUUCGGCCGCCGCCCACACCUGCCCGGAAUGCGACAAGAAGGCAGAUUACAAUCCGAGUACGACGAGGAUAAUCGUGAACAAUGCGAAAGAUCGUGGGACGCUGGGAAACGGGUACACGUUGACUGAUGGGUAUGGCAAUCCAUUGCCUGGCCAUUACUCGGGUGGUGGCUACGGUGGUCAAGGAUAUACUUCCUGUGGGAUGGCCAGGAUGUCGAAGCGGCCAUCAGCAGAUCAUGGCUGCGGCUGCAAUGUUAUGUAA